UCUCGUCCACAGCGCGGGUACCCAGCUCGCAGGAUGCUGCCAAGCGGCGCUGCGCAGGCGUGGAGUCGGGAGGGAGCCGAUCCUGCGCAGACUGGGUACUGUACAUGGCCAUUGAUGCUGCUGGAUAGAUGUAGCCCCUGAUGGCAAUGAGAAUGGCGAGGGCAGCGCGUCUGACGUGCCGCGUUUUCUCCGCUUGACACCGGAACACUGCACGGCACCGUCGGGAUAUGAUUUUCUUUUUGUUUUAAUAUUAUUUUUGUAUUUUUUUUUGGUUGUUUUUUUUACACAAAACGCGCCGUCCUUUUUUUUUUUUUUUUUUUUGCCUAUAGUCUCCAUCCGAGUCUGCCUUGACAGCUCGCCCGAUGGUUUUUCGCUUGACACAAGAGCCAAGGCGGACGGGCGGCUUCUCCUCAUAGACACUCGGGAAAACACAGGUCAUUAUGACCUUUGCAUCCUCCAGUAAAAGAAAACCAUCGGAUUGCGUGUACGCGGCAGCAUUCUGCUUGCAUUUCUUGCUCUGGAUUCCGUGUGCCGUGUCCGGGGAGGAGGAUCAUCAGUUCAGCGUCGAGGGAUGGCUACAGAGGUAUGGCUACCUUCCCCGCACAGAACCGGGAAUGUCUGUCCUACGCUCGGCCCAAACCAUGCACUCAGCCAUCGCUGCCAUGCAGCGUGUCUAUGGUCUCAAUGUCACAGGGACACUGGAUGAGAGAACCAAGGAUGAUAACACGCUGAGCUGGAUGCAAAAGCCUCGCUGUGGAGUUCCGGACAAAUUUAAAAGUGCUCCGAGGUCACGGAUGCGGAGGUACGCGCUGACCGGACAGAAGUGGCAGCGUACACACAUCACCUACAGCAUAAAAAAUGUCACGCCGAAGGUGGGCGCCCGGGAGACUCAUGACGCCAUUCGGCGGGCGUUUGAUGUCUGGCAGGGUGUGACUCCUUUGCGCUUUGAGGCCGUUCCAUACAGCGCCCUGGAGACUGGCAGGCGCGACGUGGACAUCACCAUCAUCUUCGCUUCGGGUUUUCACGGCGACAGCUCGCCCUUCGACGGGGAGGGGGGAUUCCUCGCACAUGCCUAUUUCCCCGGCCCGGGCAUAGGAGGGGACACACACUUUGACUCAGAUGAGCCCUGGACCCUUGGGAACCCCAACCAUGAUGGCAACGACCUGUUCCUGGUUGCGGUUCACGAGCUGGGCCACGCCCUCGGUCUGGAGCACUCCAAUGACCCCACCGCUAUCAUGGCUCCCUUCUACCAGUACAUGGACACAGAUAACUUCAAACUACCUCACGAUGACCUACAGGGCAUCCAGAAAAUCUACGGUCCACCAGACAGAGCACCGCAGCCCACCAGGCCCCCACCCACUGUCCCUCCGCCUCGCUUCCACCCUCCCUCAGACCCCCGCAAGCAUGACCGCCAUGCCAGACCCCACCGUCCUCCGCAGGGGGCCAAGCCCUCCAACCCCAACUCCAAACCCAACAUCUGUGACGGAGGCUUCAACACCCUGGCCAUCCUCCGACAGGAGCUCUUUGUGUUCAAGGAUCAAUGGUUCUGGAGGGUACGGGACAACUCAGUAGUCCCUGGCUAUCCCAUGCAGAUCAACUACUUCUGGAAAGGCUUGCCUCCCAAAAUUGAUGCAGUCUAUGAAAACAGUGAAGGGAAAUUUGUCUUUUUUAAAGGAAACCGUUUCUGGGUCUUCAAGGACACAACUCUCCAGCCUUCGUACCCUCAGGACAUCUCGCUGUUCGGGAGCGGCAUGCCCACACAGAGCAUCGAGACAGCCGUCUGGUGGGAGGAUGUCGCCAAAACCUACUUCUUCAAAGGAGACAGAUACUGGAGGUACAAUGAGGAUAUGAGGACCAUGGACCCGGGUUAUCCCAAACCCAUCACCAUCUGGAAGGGCAUCCCUGACUCUCCACAGGGGGCUUUUGUGGAUAAGGCCAACGGCUUCACCUACUUUUACAAGGGAAAGGAGUAUUGGAAGUUCAACAACCAGAUGCUCCGUGUGGAGCCUGGCUACCCAAGGUCCAUCCUGAGGGACUUCAUGGGUUGUGAUGGCCUCCCUGCAGACCCCGACUGGGACUGGAGCCCCCCGGCGGCAGAGGAGCGCCACUACGACAACGGUGACGUGGACGUUGUCAUCAAACUGGACAGCGCGGGGGGCACGGAGAAAGCAGUGGCCAUCGCCAUCCCCUGUGUUUUGGCGCUGUGCAUGAUGGUCCUCCUCUAUACGGUUUUCCAAUUCAGGAGGAAGAGCACGCAGCGCCACAUACUGUACUGCAAGCGCUCCAUGCAGGAGUGGGUGUGAGGCAUUGCUGCAUAGAGAGGGAUGUGAAGCUCUGAUAAAGGUCUAGUUAUUGCUCGAACCCCCAAGUACUGUAAUUGGAGGCACCGUAAAGGGUACAGUACGUGAAGAUUGCCAUGUUGGCAGAUUUAGCAAUUGGUUGUACUGAUAACGUGCAAGCGGCGAGGAGGCAAAACGAUCCGCAGAACUCGACUUAAGACAGUGAGGGAGCCACAUCCCCUAUGUCCAGCUAAUAUGUAUGUAUUUGCUUUUUUCUGUAUCUUGGAAUGAACUCAAUUAAGUGAGACAGAGUAAAGCUCCUGUAUGUGGGACCUUUGUCUGUCCUCGUCUCUGCACGUCGCUUAAAAAGCCCCUAGCACUAACUUCAGUGGACAAAUUAGAUAUAGGCUUCAUUUCUUGAUUAAAUUGCCCCGAGCUGUGCUUUUUUUUUUGUAUUUCUUUUUCAUUUAUGGUCCCUGUAAAAGAUUAUUUAUUUUGUGGAGGACUGAUACACAAACCAAAUAUGACAUUUUUUCUUCCAAAGAGGAUAACUGCUCGAUGUUGUUUUUGAUGGGAUAUUUUUUCCUCCACGGAACGAACAUUGUGGCAUCAUACUCAGAUUUUCGUUUGCCAUUUCUAUUCAUAUCCACCCGUCUGCUCUAUAAUCUGUGGGGAUAGGAAGCAGCCGUUAGCAAGAGCUAGGAACUCAAGACUGUUGUGGCGGUCUGUCUCCAAAACAGGGGCCAAAAACCUCUCUGCAAUAUUAAUGAGACUGCCUUAAUCACAGAUUGCUUAAACUCCCUUCUCUUUCUCUCUCUGCUUCUCUGGUAGCCGGGGACUGAGUGACACAGCAGGAAUACAAACAGUGUACGAAGGCACUGAUUAACGCGACUCCGAAACCAGUAGUCAAUGACUGUUUGAUGCACAAUUGGACCAUUGCUUUUGAAAACGUGCAAAGCUGUACUAAACAUCUUUUAUUUACUGCCUCACAGGAGGCUAUGAGAGAGACAGUGAAGGUUGUGUGUGUGUGUGUGUGUGUGUGUGUGUGUGUGUGUGUGUGUGUGUGUGUGUGAGGUUAAUAACCCACACUAUAUAUGUACUGUACUGUGGUGUCAGUUAUUGAACAGCUAACAUCCUGCUUCCCUUAUUUUCCUGACAAGUUUGGACACUAAUACUCCGAACAAGUGUUCGUCCAUGUACAGCUUCAUUAAUCUGUAUUUUCUUUUUCCAACAUUUGUACAAGCAUUGGAGGUUUACAUAAUAUUUCACACAGCACGGGACACAGAGAGGAAGAGGAGAAAAGAGAAAGGAGGGAAAAAACUACUUGCCCUUCCCCCAUUUCAAAAAAUCCAUCAAUUCACCAAGUUGUUACAAAUAUCUUUUUGAGGAAAUGUAAAGUGAAACCUUUGUUGUAAAAAAAAUUAGAGAAAAAAUGUCUAUACAAUAAGAGAAUUAAUCAGCACUGAUAAAGAAACAUGUCUGAAUUCUGAAGGUUAAAAAAAAUAAGAAAGAAGUUGAAUUAGUUUAGGUGGUGUGUUUAAAAAUUGGACCAGAAUGUUUUAUCCGCUGUUAUUAUAAUUAACCACCAUACUAAAACUACACUUAUGUUUUUAUUAAUAAAUGACUAAUGAAUGUUUAUCGCGCUACUCUAACAUUGCUGGUAUUUACAAGCAUAUUGGAAAAACUAAAACAAGUACAAAUGUUUAUUUAAAAUUUUUAUUUCACAUAUAUAUCAUAUAAUAUGAUAUAACAUAUAUAGAAAAUCAUACAUACAGCAUAUAUUACACAACAAGUUAAUCAGGUAAGUAUGAACAAGACUUCAGAUCGGAUGUGGAGCUAAACUGAGCAGAAGCUUUUUUCUCUCCCCAUGUAUUGUGUUAAAAUUGCAAUGCACAGCCUGGAUCUUACUGAAAUAUAGUGUCUCGCUUUUGCCUUUGGUUGCGUCCCAUACGUGUGACAUCCUACGUGUGACUCCCAAGUGGUUGUGUGGCAUUUCGGAUUGACCUAUCUGUGAGCGUUCAUAACAUGAUCGGUUUUAUAUUUGAGCUCCAUGUUUUUCUUACUCUUUUACUUGAAAUGUUCGUCAACAUCAGUCACGGGAUAACCCGCAUAAUCUUCUGUUCAUGUUAAGGCAAUGUGGUUUUGUAACGUCAAAAAAGGAUUUUGAGUUUUUCAAAGUUUACUUUAUCAAAAAAAAAGAAGGGGUUAAUGGGUUGAAUCAGUAUCAACAUGAAUCUUGUUUUUAUCUCAUCAUCAUUUGUUAUUUGUAGGAACCUAAAAAGUAAAAAGGGCAAGGCAUGUCAUUGUAAAACUAAGAUGUCAUUCUUUCAUAGCUGUUGACCCGUGGAUCAUUUUAUACACAGUUUUACAAUCCAAUCUUUCUCUUUAUGGUUAUGGUUAGAUAAAGUGACUGGUUUAGCAUUGCAGGUUUCUGGUGGCUGCAUAGACAGAUUCCAAAAUGUCAUCUUUCAUAAACCAUGCAAACUCCCUGGCUUCCAGUCUGUUCUCCCCGUUGCAAUCUUCAGGCGAUUCUCAAAACGAGGACGGGAAAAUGUAGAAAAUUUGAACGGAACGAGCAGUGCUGAAAUGCUGUGCAUAUCAGUCCACGUUGCCGAUCUACGACCGCUGUAAUUUAAGGUGGAAACAGAAACGUUUGGCUCAGUGUUGUGUGUGAUGUCUUAUAUCAGUUUGUGUGUUUGUGGUGCAGGGUCUCAUGGCUCCGGCGAGUGUGAGUUUAAGACGGCCAAUGAGGCGAGUUGGUACUGUAUUUAUUGCCGUAUUUAUUACUCUGUGCUCUUGCAUUGCAUUAUACAGAGAGCAAAAAGCUUUCAUUAAAGUGGGUUUGAAAUGCAAUGAUUUUUUUUCUCUCUCACUGCUACCAAGUAAUCCUCCUCCUUCUGCCUCAGCUAUAAACAAUUCAUCUGGUGUGAAUGUUUUUUUUUUUCAAUCAUCGAGAGGUUAAAUCACAUUUACAUUGGUCUUUUUGAUACUUAAAUCACUUGACAACGUCAGGGAUUUUAGAUGUGGACUUGAGUGUAAACUGGAAGUCUUGAUGCUCUGACCCGUUCCCCGUUCAUCUCCAGCCUCUUCAGUGCAUUUUGUGUUUGCCUUGAUUCACGCUGCUAAGCAUUGGGGCUAAUUCGGAGUGUCAUACAAAGGAAGUAGACGGGGCAGAGUCAAUACACCAGAGAGGCAAGGGCGCAGAAGAAUGAGGAGCAUUUUGCAGUUGAGAUCUUAUACAUAGACACAUGGAGCAUACACUCCAAGGCUUCGUGUAUGAGAGAGUAAACAUAACAUGUACAUAAACACAGAGUGUAUACUGUCUGCUUGGGAGAAUUUUGUUUUUAAUCCAUCUGAUCCGUGGAUAAAGAAAAUGCUGUGUUGUAAAUAAAACAAGUGCAUAAUGA